CAGAACUUGAUCGCCCCAUUUGUUCCACCACCACCAGUUGCAAGCAAAUUCGAUUGGAAGGGGCACCAAGCAAGAGCUUUCACGGCAGAAGUAUGUUCCUCAAGCCUGUGCAGCCAUCUCGAAGACGCAGAAGAGCGAUCCCAUACGUGAACCACAUUAUCGUUGCCACCACUAGCAAGCUGCAUUCCAGAACCUGACCACUUGAGUCCACAAAUCUCUCCAGUGUGACCUCUGUAAGUUCCCACAACAUGCGACCUGAUCCUGACAUCGUUGUUGACAAUCUUCCCGUCCAUUCCUCCGGUUGUGAGGAUGGUUCUCUCUUAAACCGCACCGAGAAGUGUCUCUAUGUGUGCUUACAGUUCCCUACUGAACCAAACCUUCGUUGGUUCACUCUCUGUCGGAAACCAGACAAAACCGUUAACAAGACAGAGUCAUUAAGUGGUAAUAUUUUGGUUCCUGUGCAGAUUCGCAACUCUCCUCCCAUAGAAUGGUCCAAUCUCGUAGCUGUUGAUCAUAAACUCUACGCCAUCAACAAAGAAGAUGACGUCACCUCCUGCUCGUCUAACGUCUUCUUCCUCGACUGCCGAACGCACACGUGGGUGGUCGAAGGACUUGUUGAUUCGGCGUCUGGUAGGAGUGUUUUCCUUACAAAGGACUUGGUAGAGUUUGGUAGUGCUUGUUUGAUCGAGAAAAUAGACUAUUGUUAUGGAUCUACUGGAGAGUUUCUUUGGUCUAACAAUAGCGCCGAGGUAGAUGGUUGGAAGAAAGUUGAAGGUUUGGAAGGACUGUCUAAGCUUGCCCGUUAUAGCAAUGUUAAUUUGGUUGAUUGUGGUGGUAAGAUGCUGGUGUUUUGGGAUAAGUAUGUGCCUGCUGGGAAUAAGGAGAAGAUGAUUUGGUGUGCUGAGAUUUCUCUGGAAAUGCGCAGCAGCGGUGAACAGGUUUGGGGGAAGGUCGAGUGGUUCGAUGCUGUGCUUAAAGUACCCAAGUCUUACAAAUUCGUGUAUUCCAUUGCUGCUACCGUUUGAUUAACGACUCACGAUGUGUGCGUUUGUCUUGUGUGUGAAUAUGAUGUGUGCGUUUGUCUUGUGUUUUUAGGGGACAAUGGUUCCCUUAUAGACAUAUCUAUUCACUAGCUUACUUACUCUGUGUCUUUGAAAACACUUUUUGUUUGUGUUGAUGUUGCAUUAGUUGCUACGGUUCUCUUUACAACCAUGCGAAUAGUCCAAAGCCUAUGAAACUUUUUAUAAGAACUUUUUUUUUUUAAUA